AUGCAUACAUAUGUCGGAAUUUUCUCCCUUUUAGCCGAAUUGCAAGAGCUUGUUGACCGGUACAUACCCUCCCAGUUGUUCCCGUGGAUAGCAGAUGUGCCACGACGCCUCGCGCACUAUUUGAAGCGAUUGGAUAAGCAAUGUCCCUGGGUGGCGGCAGCUUUAUCUAAGUCGGACUCCGCAAUCAUUCCGAAUCCGGAACUCCUGAUUGCCGAUCACGAAGCAACAGUGCAACAAAUGAAGGCGGACAGAGAUCAAAUUCAGACACAGUUGACGUCGCUGUCUUCCGAACUGUCUUCCCUGCGGCUUGUCAACACCGAACAGACCGAUCGCAUUGAACAAUUAGAGAAACAAGCACGAUUAGACAAGGCGGAUCUGGCGAAAUUGAAGAGAAACGUGAUACGUUAUCAAGAUUAUCUGACGCAACUGCUGGAUCCGGUCAACUCUGCCAGUGCCAUGGCAAACAUCAUACAACGUGUUAAUCGUACACCCGCGGAGUCUGUGGACAGUAAUUCCAAACUGGGCGAAGAUACUCCAACCCUUCGAUCAUCUCGACACCCAAUGAACUCAAUGAAUGUCUCUGCCUCCUCCUCCUCCUCUGGUGUCUCAAUGCUCAAUACAGGUAACUAUCAGUUCCAUGUUUACUGA